AUGGAUCCCCUCAAGAACAAGUACACCUACUUCCAGCGACUCCGGCACCAGUGGCAGCGCCGCAGGGACAUCCCGUUCCGCAAAAAGUUCUUCGUAGGCUACGACCUCCACGGCAACACCUACUGGGAGUUCACCAUCGAUGGCAACAUGCAAAGACUCCGCAGAAAGCUCGAGCCCUACAAGACGUUGUUGUUCCAGGCCGACUACUUUGGCACCGUGCCGCCCCAGUGGUUGCAGUGGUUGCGCAGAACCAGGAACACGCCUCCUACUUUGGAGGAGUUGAUAAAUGACCAGAUCCGUCAGCAAAAGAUCAAGAUCUUGGCCCAGAACGCCGACGAAAAAUGGACCCUGGAGAAGCUCCGCUUGGAGAGGGAGCAACAGCUCAAGUUGCAGGCGGAACUCGACCGUGUGGAGCAAGAGAACCAGGCGUUUGCCAGCAAAUACAACAAAGAGACCGAUCCGUGGAAACAGGCUGACCAGAAGGAAGACCAGACUAAUUUAGCAUCCGAUCCAUGGAAACAGGCUGACCAGACGAAAGACGUGGACCCCAUAGAAUCUGCUGCUUUGAAGCCAAGAAAGUAG